AAAAAAUAGAUUCAAAGAUGAUGAUGACAGUUGGGUUUUCGAAGUGUCAUUGAAACAGUGUAAUCAUACUCUAGCCUUUCCGAUCUCUGUGUUGCCGCCAUACUUAUAGAGUUAUAGGGAACCCAAACACAUUACUAUUUUACCAGUAGUUGCAACCCAUCACUUCCGAUUUCAGUACAUUUACAGAGAAAGAAGACGUUUUUGAAGCAAGAAGAAAUGGGUGUUCCGUCAUUUUACAGGUGGCUGGCGAACAAGUAUCCGAAAACAGUGGUGAAUGCGGUGGAGAAGACGGAGGAGAAAGACGGAACUCGACCAAACCCCAAUGACCUCGAAUUCGAUAAUCUUUAUCUCGACAUGAAUGGAAUCAUACAUCCAUGUUUUCACCCGGAACACGACGAUGUGCUUUCUAAAUAUUUGACUACUCCUGGAACAUAUGAAGAAGUUUUCAGCAACAUAUUUGAGUAUAUAGACAGAAUAAUGAUGAUUGUAAGACCAAAAAAGCUGCUGUAUUUGGCCAUUGACGGAGUAGCCCCAAGAGCCAAAAUGAACCAGCAAAGAACAAGAAGGUUCAGAAAUGCGAAGGAUCAAGAGACACUUCGCAAAGAGGAAGAUAGAUUGAGAAGGCAAUACGAAGUUGAAGGCAAAGAUGUUCUUCCGAAACAGGAUUCAGAAGUGACGGAUUCGAACAUAAUCACUCCGGGCACCACGUUCAUGUUCGAGUUAUCAAAGCAACUCCAGACUUACGUUCAUCUUCGCGUAUCAAAAAACGAUGCAUGGAAGCACUUGAAGGUAAUUCUUUCCGAUGCGAAUGCCCAUGGUGAAGGUGAACACAAGAUAAUGUCCUUCAUACGCCUUCAACGGACUUGCCCUGGUUAUAAUCCAAAUACACACCAUGUCUUGUAUGGUUUGGAUGCAGACCUUAUUAUGCUCGCUUUGGCUACACAUGAACUCCAUUUUUCCAUUUUGCGAGAGAAUGUUCUUGCAGAAGAUAAGUCAAAAACAAGUCACUCAUCUGUGUUGUUGCAAGCUGGAAAUUCCGAAACCAAUGUGGUGAAAUGUAGAGGAUGGUUCAAACAGUUUGACCUGAACAGUGAUAAAGUUGAUAUAAGUCAACAGAUGAACAAACUUGAUAUUACAGCUGCUGGAAAGCAAAAGUUGUUGGUGAAGAAGCCACAUCAGUUUCUUCAUGUUUGGAUACUGAGAGAAUAUCUUAAUUUUGAUUUGAGAUCCACAAAUGUGCCUGAAAAUUUUGAAUAUGAUAUCGAACGCCUGAUUGACGAUUUCAUAUUCAUAUGCUUUUUCGGUGGAAAUGAUUUUCUUCCCCAUAUGCCAACCUUGGAAAUUCAUGAGGGUGGUAUUGAUUUAUUGAUUCAUGUGUACAAGCAAGAGUUCAAGAACCUUGGAGGGUAUCUUGUGAAUAUGGAAAAGGUGUAUGAUAAGAAAGGAGGGUACAUCAAAGUAAAAAGGGUUGAAAAGUUCAUCCUUGCAUUGGGCACAUAUGAAGAUCAGAUUUUCAAGAAGAGAUCAGCAAUCCAUGAAAGCAAACUUCGACGUAUGUUUUCAGAAUUCAAGGAUGAGAGUGGUAAUGGAGAAGAGGAGUUGUUUCCUGUGAUAAGCACUCAUAAUCAGAAGGGACCAUACACCGAAAAAUCACCUGAUCAUGAUGUGCAAGUAUAUGAUAUAAUCGAGAAUACAAAAGCAUUGAAGGAGCAAUUAAAAUCUUACAAUCGUGAGAUAUCGGAUGUUUUCAGAAACGGUCUUCUUUCAGACAUGGUGAAACUGGAUACUCCUGGAUGGAGAAAACGCUACUACAAAUACAAGUUUUCUGCUGAAACGGAUGCGGAUGUGGAAAAAAUGAGGAAAGAAGUGGUCGAAAGAUACACUGAAGGGUUGUGUUGGGUUUUGCUAUAUUACUUCUCAGGGGUUGUGUCAUGGACAUGGUUUUACCCAUUCCAUUAUGGGCCAUUUGCAUCAGAUUUUAAAGGUCUUUCAAGUACUAAAGUUACGUUUCAAAGAGGAUCCCCCUUUAAACCAUUUGAUCAGCUUAUGUCUGUUCUCCCUCCUACUAGUGCCCAUGCACUUCCACCUCCGUAUCGGUUACUCAUGACAACGGAUGAUUCAAAUAUUCUUGAUUUUUAUCCUAAUGAUUUUGAUGUGGACACGGAUGGGAAAAGAUUUCUUUGGCAGGGUAUUUGCAAGCUUCCAUUUAUCGAUGAGAAGCGCCUUCUUGCUUCAACAAAGAUGAUCGAGAAGGAACUGACUGAGGAGGAAGCUCAAAGAAAUGCUGAGAAUGCUGACAAGUUAUUCCUACACAGUGAGGAAAAUCUUGCUUUGCAAAUUAUCUCUUCCUUCAACAAUGAAGGCUCUAUCGAGCAAAAGAGCUCCAUGAAAGUUGAUACAGGCUUAAGUGGAGACAUAAAUGGUUUUGUCUAUCCUAACUUAGAGCCCAAGUAUGUUUGUGAUGUUAAUGACCUUGGAAGCGAUCAUGAUGUUCUAUGUGUAUUCUAUGAUCCACCAUGCUUCUCUCAUCACAUCCCUCGUGUCCUUGAAGGAACUGACAUUCCAGAUUCGGAUGUGAGCGAAGCAGAUAUCAAGGAAGUACGCUUGUGGCAUGAGAGCCAUGGUUACCCUGUUCGGAGCAAUAGAUGCCAUGGACAACCUGAAGAAGAUAAAAUAGACCCUAGUGUUGGUUUGGCGAGUGGAUGGAGGGGUAGAGUCAACGAAAUUGCUUCUAGUUCUCAAAGUCGCAUCCAAGAGAGACACUUUAGGCAUGGGACCCACAGUUACCCUAACCGGAGCAAUAGAUCGUAUGAACAAGUUCAAGGAGCUCAAAGAAGCCCUACCAUUAGAGCCGUUGGUGGCUGGAGUGGUAGAGGUAGGGGAAGAGGACAUGAUGCCACUCUGAAUUCUCAAAGUACUUCACGUCAUGAUGCCACAAGGACACCAAAAGAGCAAACAAACUGCAGUUCUUGGUGGGAUACUCAUGGGAGAGGUGCUCGAAGAAAUGGGAAUUGUGAAAACCGAUCAAUCAAUUAUAAUGGAAGGACAAGCACUGUGAAUGGUCAGUUUUGGGCAGUUAGGUCAGAAUCCAGUUCUAGUAACCAGGGUAGGGGACAGUGGGGAGAUGCAAAAUCCAAGAAUGCCUCCAAUCGUAGAUGGUAAAGAUAUUGACAAUUAAGAGUUUAUGUUCCCAACAGAUGAGAAGUAUUUUGCAAAGGUUUUUCUUGUUUGUUAUUAAAGUUAUAAUGUAAGGUUAGUCUAGUAUCUUUAUAACCUAACUGGCAUCCUUUUGGGUUGGUAACAUGUAUAUGUUGGAAGCUA